GUCGCCGAAAACAAAAAUAAAAAGAGAUUGAUCCUUGAUCUAAGUAGGCUAAAUAAAUAUGUCAAGUAUGAUAAAAUAAAAUUUGAAGACUGGAAGACGGCAUUAGAUUAUUUUGAAAAGGGUUUUUACUGUAUUAAAUUUGAUCUGAAAUCAGGAUAUCAUCACAUAGAUAUAGCUGAGAAUUAUCAAACUUAUUUAGGAUUCCAGUGGGAAAACAAGUAUUACUGCUAUACGGUUCUCCCUUUUGGUCUAUCGUCAGCUCCAUUCAUUUUUACUAAAUGCUUAAGACCCAUCGUAAAAUACUUGAGAAAAAAUGGCAUUAUGAUUGUAUUAUAUUUAGAUGAUGGUUUGGCGUUCGCUUCUACUGAGGACCAAUGUCUUUUAGAUUCUCAAUUUAUUCAGAAAACGUUGUCAGAAGUUGGUCUGGUGGUUAAUGUUGAGAAAUCACAUUUUAUACCAACACAAGUCAUUGAAUGGUUAGGUUUAACAUGGAAUUCAAAUCUAUUCUCUAUUUCAGUUCCGGACAGACGAAUCGAUGAUGCUAUCUGUUGUCUACAGAAAACUAUCAUUCAUUUUCCCGAUGUAACAGCGAGGGAACUUGCAAGAGUAGUGGGGAAGAUCAUUUCUAUGACUCCAGUAAUGGAUAUAUUUAAAGUGGGCAGAUGGACGGGAAUUAAUUGUGGAUUACAGGAUCAUCGUCUAGCGGAACUUGCUUCUGAACUACCCAGAUAUUGUGUAACAUCUAAGGCCGAAAAUACAGCAAAACAGUACAGAAUUCGGACAUUGAUGAGGACAAAGAGAUAUUAUAUGUAUUGUGUGAAAUAAUUAAACUGCACUUUCAGAGCGCUUCAUAUCCUAUUUCACGAGUUUGUGUUUAUUUCAUAAAUGUUUUAUGUUCGUUUGAGUGAAACGAAUAAGA